CCAUACCUACGCCCAUGCUGCCCCAUUCGCCUAUGCUCCACAAGCCCAUGCCUAUGACGUCCACUCAAUCGCCCCAGUUCACGCCCAUGCCCCAGUGCAUGCCUAUGAUCACGUGGCUCCAGUCCAUGCUUACACAGCCCCCAUCGCCGUAGCCCAUGCUGCUCCUGCUCAUCUGGAGCUGGACCACCAUCUGGAGCACCACGUUGAACCAUCUGCCCCAGCUCACUACGAUUUCGGGUACGCUGUCAGCGACCCACAC